AUGACCUCGCUGUCCCUGAUGUGCGAUGAAGAUGACGCUCUGAUCAAGGAAGAACGUUGGGUUUGCGCAGGUCAGAUCAUAGAUGAAGACGAAUGCAACCCAUCAUCGCGCUUCCUCACCCUCGAAGGCCGCAACUUCCUGUGGGAUUGCAACUGGAGUGUCGAAUGGUAUCGCAAGCAAACACGCCUUUACGACGUCACUGUUUCGGGCUUCAAGGAGACCAAGGCGUUCAAACUCACGGUCGACAAUCUCUUCAGCAAUCUCGAGUGUCUUCCGAACCUCAGGUCUCUCGAGCUUCAACGUCUGGAGCUUACCACCAGUCCCAAGAUGGACAGACACGCUCUCGAACUGAAGCUGACGCUCGCCGACCUCAAGGCGCACGCCAUUGUCGACAUCUUCCGCGCGACGAAUAUGUCCGAACUCGAACGCCUCCACAUCAGCACGACCUAG